UUUCUCCCUGACAAGUCUGCCUGACCCUGUGAGACCUCGAAAUUUAUGACCUUUGGAUAUCACGGUAGUCGCUGCGUGCUGGGGAGUCAGCCAUCAGUAAUGCUUCCUCCUCUUCAGGGUAUCACGGGGAAAUAGUUGACAGGACGACCUAGUACUCUUGUAGUUUCCACCUCCUUCACAUGCUUGUAGAGCCAGGCCCUUCCUGCUACACGUUCACAUGUUUCCGCCUUCGUUUCGACGGAUGUCCUUCGUACUUGGACCGCGAGCGACCACAGUUUCUAAGAAGUGCCGUUUACGCAGACCAGCAACGCUGACCGGCACCGCUGCUGUGUUGUAACCUCGUGGUGAUUAAGUCUGCACUUUCUAAGAGUUUCCAUUAAUAAUUGUUUUAACACGUUCGCUUUAUCACUGCCUGAUGCCGUUCCGGCCACAGUAUCUGGACUCCGAUUAUUCCGCCAAUUAGUAUAGAAUCCCAUCGCUCGUCUAAGCCCUAAGUGAGACACUUAGCCAUGAGUCAUUAAGCCGAUCGACUGACACAAAGGAGGGCUUUGCGCCGUCAUCGUCUCCCCAUGGCCCCCACGCGCUACUCCCUCUCCAUCAAACCCCCCGGCGCUGCGGAAGAUGGAUCCGCGGACGUUCCUCCGCGGAGAAGCAGCCUCAGCAGCAACUUCACCCCUGGGGGAGGCGGAACCACAGCUGGUGGAACACCCGCUGGCGCAGCAGGCGGAGUGGGGGGAGCGGGAGGGACAGGCGGAGGUCAUUACGACGCCGGUCCCUGGGCUAUUCGCGUUCCUACUCAAGAUUCGGACCCACGAAGCUUCCAGGAGGCAGGCAGGGAUCCAUGGCGGUAUGCAGCAGGAGACGGCGCGGGGAGGCCCGGUGGGGCUGAUGCUGGCUAUGGAGCUGGUGGGGGGGGAGGGGGAGGAGUGAGCGGAGGGGGGAUGGGGGGAGGAGGCAUGGGGGGAGGCGGAGCGGGGGUUGGUGGAUCUGGGUCAAGAUUUGGUUUUGAGGGCGGCAGAAUUCAACGGAGAUUUUCUCUCUCCACGCCGAGGGAGAUUGCCAGGUUGGCUCAUGCUACAGGCGGCAGCGCCAGUGCGUCUGGCCCCGAGAGACAGGGGCUACAGCCUCAUCCGCCACAGGUGCAGCUGCAGGUGCAGCAGCUCCUGUACCCCCCUCACCAGCAGCUGAUGAUGCAGCAGCAGAACCAGCAGCAGCAUCAGCAGAACCAGCAGCAGCAGCCGCUUCAGCAGCAGCAGCAAGGGGUGAACAUCCCCGGUACCCCCCGUCGUCCCACCUUCUACCGAGGACUCUCCUCAUCUUACGAAGAGGCCGCUCAAGAUGCAAUCUCAGCCGUCCAAGCCUCCCAGGCAGCAGCAGCCGCCGCCGCUUCGAACUCUGGAGCUUUUUCCACUGGUGGUUCGGGCAGUUUCGGUAGUUCCAUGGGUAAUUUCCUCCGGCAGCCAACUACCCCCCGGCCGAUACCACCUUCCCAGUCUUCUACCCGGGUUGAGCGGCUGCUGAGGGAGAGGCAGAUGAGGCGAAGCACAAGUUUCUUGCAGUUUGACGUGGACUCGGCGGAUGGGAGGAUAAUGACGCCACGUGGCAUUGCCACGUCACACGGAAGUGCUGGUUCAAUUGCCACGUCAGGAGCUCCUGGAGCAGGUGCAGGAGGAGCAGCAGGAGGGGGAGCAGGGGACGGAGGAGGAGGGGGGGUAGGAGGGGGUGCAGGAGCAGCAUGGGUGCCAGGGCGUGGCCCUAUGAUCGGCCGAGCCAGCACCAGCUCCCGUGGCAAAUAUGCGUUUGGUUCGGCCGCCCUCGGCACCAGGUCCGGGCCUCUAGCUCCGGUGGACCUGAUGAUAGGUCCGGACAGCCGCAACUCUAGCUAUGACAACCUCGCCGCUGCGGCUUCUUACACCCCGCACACCUCCUACACCCCCACCCCGCACUCCUCCACUCCUCCCCGUCUCCCCUCCGCCACCACCUCCCCGUACCCCCCCUCCUCGUCGCCCCACACGGCUUCGCCAGCCAUUCCACGCCCGUCUACCUCUACUCCGCGCCUCUCCUCUUCUGUCACCCCAUAUUCAUCCUUCAGGAGAGGGGGCGGCAUGCCGCGGGUGUGCAGCAGCGGCGAGCUCACUGCUGCGGCCGCUCAGGCAGCAGGGCUCGCGGAACGGAUCCCAGAAGAGGGGAUGGGAGGCGGGGACGUGGGAUCGGGAGGUGCUAGUCCCGGGUUUAGGGUCUUGCCGGGCGUGGCAGGGAUUCCGGGAGUGGCGGUUCCAGUAGGCAUGGGAGUGGGGGGGGCAGGGCUGGUGGUAGCGUCGCCUCCGCAUGGGAUGGGCGCUAGACCUGGGGUAGGGCUACAUGGGACAGGCGCUCCUGGCCGAGCUAUGGACCCGGACCCACAGCAUGGAGCAUUGGGAACUGCAGCAGCAGCCUCCGCCGCAGCAGAAGCAGCAGCGGCAGCGGCGGCAGCAGCAGCUGCUGCAGCAUCUGCAGCACCAGCAGUGGCAGCAGCAGCAACGCCACAGCCUGCACCAGUUGAGCUUCCCCGGGUCGAGCCUCCCCCAACCCCGCCGCCAGCGCCUGCCCCCCAGCAGCGGAUGCAGCGGCUGCUGAUAGUGGCGAACCGGCUCCCUGUGAGGGCCAGCCUGCAGCCCGACGGGACGUGGGCUCUGGAGCUCUCGGCUGGUGGGCUCGUGAGUGCUCUGCUAGGCGUGAAGCAGAACUUUGAGACGUGCUGGAUCGGGUGGCCGGGGCUGUACCUGCAGUCGCCUGCGGACCAGCAGGCGCUGCACGACGCCCUGCAGGCCAAGGGCUGCGUGCCUGUGUUCCUAGACGAGCACACGAUGAACGCGUACUACAACGGCUACUGCAACAACGUGCUGUGGCCGCUGCUGCACUACAUCGGCCUCCCCCAGGAGGACCGCCUGUCCGCCACGCGCUCCAUCCAGGGCCAGUACGGCGCGUACCGGUCGGCCAAUCACAGCUUUGCUGACGUGGUCAUGGCCCAGUACCGGCAGGGGGACAUUGUGUGGGUGCAUGAUUACCACCUCAUGCUGCUGCCGCAGUACCUCAAGGCCAGGAGCCCCAACAUGAAGGUGGGGUGGUUCCUGCACACGCCCUUCCCCUCCAGCGAGUUCUUCCGAGCUCUGCCCCUAAGAGAGGAGAUCCUGCAAGCUGUGCUCGCUGCUGAUCUCAUCGGCUUCCACACAUAUGACUAUGGGCGGCACUUUGUGAGUGCGUGUGCACGGAUUCUUGGACUCGAGGGCACCCCCGAGGGGGUUGAGGAUCAUGGGCGACUCACACGAGUGGCAGCUUUCCCCAUUGGCAUCGACCCUGAGCGGUUCAUCUCAGCGCUGGAGAGCAACGUGGUCAAAACACACAUUGCGGAGCUCCGAGCGCGGUUCUCAGGGCGAAAGGUGAUGCUGGGGGUGGACCGGCUGGACAUGAUCAAGGGCAUCCCGCAGAAGCUGAUUGCCUUUGAGAAGUUUCUGGAGGAGCACCCCGACUGGCGGGAUAAGGUGCUGCUUGUGCAGAUCGCUGUUCCCUCGCGCACCGACGUGCCGGAAUACCAGAAGCUGACCAGCCUGGUGCAUGAGAUUGUGGGGCGAAUCAAUGGCAGAUUUGGCACCCUCACCACCGUCCCCAUCCACCAUCUAGACCGCUCGCUGGCGUUCCACGAGCUGUGUGCGCUGUACGCCAUCACGGACGUGCUGCUGGUGACGUCGCUGCGGGACGGCAUGAACCUGGUCAGCUACGAGUACGUGGCGUGCCAGAACUACAAGAAGGGCGUGCUCAUCCUCAGUGAGUUUGCAGGAGCAGCCCAGUCCCUGGGAGCAGGAGCCCUGCUGGUGAACCCGUGGAACAUCAACGACAUGUCGAGCGCCAUCGAGGACGCGCUGACCAUGGGCGAGGAGGAGCGGGUGGACCGCCACCGCUACAACUUCCUGCAUGUCACCACACACACCGCCCAGGCUUGGGCGGACACGUUUGUCAGCGAGCUGAACGACACGGUGGUGGAGGCCCAGCUGCGCACGCUGCACAUCCCUCCACUGCUGCCAAUUGCCCAGUGCGUGGACCGCUUCCACCAGUGCCACAACCGCCUGCUCAUCCUGGGCUACAAUGGCACUUUGACAGCACAGGUGGAGCCGCACCGACGGAGAACGCCCGACCAGAUCAAAGAGAUGAAGGUCCGCUUACACCCCAUCAUGCCCACGGUGCUGCGCCGUCUCUCCUCCGACCCGGCCAACACGGUGGUCAUCAUGAGCGGGUCGGAGCGGGCGGUGCUGGACGAGGCGUUUUCGGAGUACGACGUGUGGCUGGCAGCGGAGAACGGCAUGUUCAUGCGGCACUCGCGAGGGGAGUGGAUGACCACCAUGCCCGAGCAUCUCAACAUGGACUGGCUCGACUCCGUGCAGCUCGUCUUUGAGUACUUCACAGAGCGCACCCCGCGGUCGUAUGUGGAGGAGCGGGAGACGUCGCUGGUGUGGAACUACAAAUAUGCGGAUGUGGAGUUUGGCCGCGUGCAGGCCCGAGACAUGCUUCAGCACCUGUGGACGGGGCCCAUCUCCAACACUGCAGUGGACGUCGUGCAGGGCGGCAAGUCGGUUGAGGUGCGGCCGGUGGGGGUGAGCAAGGGAGCAGCCAUGGAGAGGGUGCUGGGGGAGAUCGUGCACCAGAAGCCGCUGCCCUGCCCCUUCGACUUUGUCAUGACUGUUGGCCACUUCCUCUCGCGGGACGAGGACAUCUACCAGUUCUUUGAGCCGGACCUGCCACAUGACGCCAACAUGCCUGCCAACUCCUACCCAUCCGACAUGGAUGGUUUCCCGUCCGGCAUGGAUGGUGCCAUGGGUGGUAUGGAUGGUGGCAUGGGCGUGCCCAUGGAUGGCAGCAUGGGUGUCCCCAGGGAUCAUGCAUCCAUGGAUGGGGGUCCCAUGGAUCAGGUCACACGGGACCAUAUAACGGCACUAGAGCAUGCCGAUUCCUACCUGCCAGAGUACUACACCAACCCGACUACCGCGUUCACUACAAGCACCACCGAUACAAGCACUCACUCCACUCCUCCAGAUCGUCCCACUCUCCCUCCUGACACCAAGCCUACGCCUGGCCUCCCUCCCACACCUCCUCUUAACGUCGGGGUUUCCGGACCUGACAGCCUAGGCUCGGCGCAGCUGCCUAUGUUCGCUGGGCCAGGUUACGGCAGUCCCGUGCCUCAAUCCGCGGCUAGAGGGGGAGGUUCGGGGCCGCUUGUGGCACGAGUGAUAUUCGGCGAUCCACAGAAUAGAAACCAGGCGGAGAGGGGGGGGAGACACGGGGGAAGGGAUGCGGCAGCUGCUGCUUGUGGUGCUUCGGAUGUCUCAGGCUCCAGCUCUUCGGCUGCUGCUGCUGCUGUGGCUGCAGCUGCUGCAGCUGCUGCCACCACAGUUACUGCUCCCCAUGUUGUGGCCGCUCCUGCUCCUGCUGCUGCAGCGCCAGACACCUCCCCUCGACCCCACACCCCUGACUCUGUCACCACCCGCGGCAGCAGACUCAAGGCAGAAUCCAGGGGGGAGGGGGGCACAGACGGAGGGGGUACUGGAUUGGAGGGCAGAGCAGCACCUGCAGGGGCAGGGGGGGCAGGAGGAAGUGGCAGUGGGCGAAGCCGAGGGGGAGGGCUGGGAGGGUUCCGGUGGAAGGGGAGCAAGAAGUCUGAGAAGAAGUCGGCCUUCUCCUUCUCCUCCCCCUCUCUGGUCAGUCUCCUCGGGUCAGCCUUGGAAGGGGCUACGGGCAGCCCGAGAAAAACUGGCAUGAGCCGCAGCAGCAGUGGCGGGCGGGGGGAGGCGGAGCUUUGCUCGCUGAGUGCUGGCAGUGCUGCGUCUACCCUGGGAGCGGGGGAUGGAGGUGGGAGGAGAGAAGAAGGCAAUGUCGGAGAAGCGGGUGAGAGGUUGCUUGCACCAAUCACUGGAUUUUCCGAUCUGCCGAGCUUUUCGAGUGGGAUGGCAAGCAUUUCGGACGAGUCCGGGUUUUCCACUCAAGAGAGCUCCUCAAUGCUCCCUACUGUUAUGGAUUCGGAGGAGGACGGCCAUGGCGAGGAUGUUAGUCACAGGAGCAGUGGGGAGUACUGUCCAAUUGUUGAUCUCAACGCUGAUUCCUACUUCUCGUGUGCUGUGGGACGGAAGCGGUCUCUGGCACGGUACUCACUUGCAACCACCGAUGAUGUGGUUACCAUGCUCAAGGCCAUAUCAGAUAGCUAUGGUCUAGGCCCAGGAUUUCGGACAGCAUGAUUUUGUACCCGUUCUGAUAUGUUCUUGUUUGUUGUGCGCAAGCUUUUGUUCACAUGUUUUUUUUCCCGUGAG